AAUAAUUUGGCAUUAUAUGAUAGGUACUCCACAUUAUUUGAGUCGGCGCUUUAGGGUGUUCAUGGAUGUCGCUGUUGUAUCGCUCGGGUCGCUGUGUUUGGUCGAGAGAGCAGGGGGCUCGCCCGCUCUCUGUCCGGUGUACCUCGAGCAGCAGCAGCAGAGGCUCUGCACAGAAAGCAGCGGCUAACAAGAUGCGCACGGCUACAGCUGUGCACUGUACUCAUGUCCCCACGAGCUAGUUACUAUUAUAGAACAAAAUAAAGCCGCUUAUCCCGGUUACCACAGCGCAAAGACAGAAUGGCUGGGAUCAUCAAAAAGCAGAUUCUGAAACAUUUGUCACGGUUCACCAAGAAUCUAUCCCCUGACAAAAUCAACUUGAGCACCCUUAAAGGGGAGGGCCAGCUGUCUAACCUGGAGUUGGAUGAGGAGGUUUUGCAGAACAUGCUGGACCUGCCCACCUGGCUUGCUGUCACUCGGGUUUACUGCAACAAAGCUGCCAUCAGAAUACAAUGGACAAAGCUAAAAACAAGCCCAAUAUGUCUGUUCUUGGACAAAGUGGAAGUAGAAAUGAGAACAUGUGAAGAACCACGUCCCCCUAAUGGUCCAUCUCCAAUUGCAAUUACAGCAGGUCAGAGUGAAUAUGGUUUUGCGGAGAAAGUGGUGGAGGGCAUGUCCAUCAGAAUCAACUCAAUCACCAUCAAAGUUCAGGCUCGUGCCUUUCACGCCUCUUUUGAACUGUGGCAGCUCCAAGGCAGCAGCCUCAACCCCAAAUGGCAGCGCAGUGACCUUCGUUACACCAGAAUCACUGACCCAAAGAGAGGAGAGGUGUUAACUUUUAAAGAAAUAAACUGGCAGAGUCUGCGGAUUGAGGCAGAUGCUAUUGAGAACAAUGAUCAGGACCUCGGCAGCACACCGCUACGUCUAAUCACCAACCAGGGUCGUAUUCGUAUUGCACUGAAACGGAGAAUAAAGGACUGUAACGUGCUUGCUUCCAAACUGUUUUUUAUUCUGGAUGACCUUUUGUGGGUCCUGACUGAUUCUCAACUUAAAGCUAUUAUCCACUAUGCCAAGUCUCUCAGUGAGGCAAUGGAAAAAUCUGCUAAGCAGAGAAAAAACAUGACUGCCGAAUCAUUGCAGGCUGCUGCUACAUCUCCUGGGAUGCAUAGUCUCUGGACAGAACCCCCUCCUGCCUCCACUGGCAGCCCCAACAGUAUGAGCCAGUACUUUGAUUUGUAUGAUGUUAAAGAGUCCUCUUACCACACGUUCAUAUCUAGACUGGACCUGCACGUAUGCAAUGAUAGUUCUUCAGCAGAUGAAGAAGAGCCGCCCCUGCCAGCCUCACAGGGCUCCAUGCAGCUCACCUUUAAGAAGCUAGGCUUUGACUUCUACCCCGUCCACAGGCCUGCGGAUGGAUGUAAACACUGGGAGCGCCACAAUGCAGCCAUGGAAGCCCAGGCGCAGUGGGCAGGGAAGCUGCUCCAGGACUUUCAGAGGCGAACCGAGGCCUCUGGUUUUCCUGGGCCAGUCACUGAGAGUACAUCAUCGACCAAGGGCUCUCCUGCCAAAAUAGGACAAGAUAAACAGUCUACUCCGAAGUCAUCUGCAUCAGAGCAAAUAUCCAACAAAAACGCUACCUCUUCAGGGCCCUCAUUGAAACGGCUGCGGUCGAGCUCGGUGGUGAUCAGAAUGGAUGAUUUUGACAUUCACCAGGUGUCCACAAGAGGCCGUCAGAACAAAAGAACACAGUCUUUUAUUUGCUGUAACCGUAAAGCUCUUCAUUUGCCUGACAACAUACCGGCAAUCCAUCUGCAGUUUACAGAGUACUACUUCCCAUACAACUCUAAUUUAGAAGUGCCCACGUCAAGCCUGUACGCCCAGCUGAAUGGUAUUCAACUGUGUGUGGAUCCAGCCAGUGUUCUAUGGAUCAAUCUGUUCUCGCGAGGCCUUCUUCACACUUUAGAUCAAGUUAAAGCUUUUUAUCAUCUGCAAGACAGCAGCAAAACAGAGGAGCAUGUCGACAUUCGCAUGGAUGCAGCUCAACUAAAGAUGGUAAUUCCACUAGAUUCAUCUAUUUUGGACCACCCAGAACGCCCCCAGUCUUUGUCUGUUACCCUGCCCCAAAUGGCAGUUAGCAAUACACGCCACUGUCCUCAUGGCACCAGAGCUGACCUCCGCAGUAUCUACAACAACUUCACUGCCAACCAUUUCUUCAAAGUGUCAAACCAGAAAGAUCAAACUGCCUUUCACCCUCUUCCACCUGUCUUCCUUAGACACUCACAGGAAACUGAUACACAGCUUUUCGAUCAAAAACAGCCCAGGUCCCAAGAUAUUUGGUCCCUGAGUCUGUCCCGGGUCACACUUGGUUUUGAUGGAGCGCGCAGAUCUCCAAAAGGCAGAACGCAACCAUUUGUCGAGCCUUUAACCGUGUCAGUGUGGAUGUGUAGACCACUGGCUUUUUCCAGUCAAACCAAUGGACAAAAUGAAGGAGAGGUGAAUGAGGAGUUUGCCUCUUUUCACUUUCUGGUGCAUGCUAUCACUCCAGUCAAAAUGUGGCUCAACCAUUAUCAGUAUGUUGCUUUGUUGAGAAUGAAAGAUGCCCUGGGACGUUUAGGAGCAGAACUAGGGCGGGAUACCAAUGAGGUUAAAAAGGCUAAAGUAGACAAAGUAGAAGCCUUAACAGCUUGUUGUGCUCUGCUCCUGGAUUCUGCAGAAGUUGGGCUGCUGUUGCCUCCCGUGAGCACAGAGCCAGAGCCAGAGGUGCCGCACACUCCAGAGACAGACAGCCCCAGUAUCAGUGAGUCAGACCUCUCACCCUCCCACCACAUCCCAGACCUAGUCCCAGAGGAGAAUGGGGUCACCUCAGUCAGUACAGGGGACGCAGGCUUGGAUCAGGAUGAACAGGAGGGGGCAGUAGAGGAGGCGUGUGAGGCGGUGGAGGAGGGUCUACAGGAAGAUGGUUUAGAUGUAAACACUCCUGCCCUCUCACCUGUCAUGUCACCUGUCCAGUCACCCACCCUGUCCCGCGAGCCAUCCACAUUCAGCCUGGAAGGAGAACUGUCCAGCGCUAUUAAUGUCACCAAGGACGUGACCAAAGAUGCCCUCAGUGCCUCCCUGGACCUGACCAAAGGAGCAUUUUCCAUUACAAAAGAUGCCUUCAGUAUGCUGAGUAGGGGCUCCGGGAUGAGCAAAUUAUUCAGUCCAGCAAAGGAGCCAGCCCAGCGCUCAGAGGAGUCGUCUCCUGCCCCCAGUGUGCGCUCCCUGAAGCAGUCGCCCUCUCAGCAUUCCUUUGACAGUGCCAUUCUGGAUGGCAGUCUGCCUGAUGAAAACCUCUCUGUGGAUAGUGACCUCAGUGAUGGUUUUGUUGUUCUAAUCGGCUCAGAGUCAGGAGUCGAGCCCAUGCGGCCAAAUAAUACAGGCAUUAAUCCGGGCAGUCGAACAAGCCCUGCACUCGGCACUGACGGAGGGUCAUCUGCUGACCUCAGCAGCUCUCUGUCCCAAAGCACAGAGGAUGUAUCACAAGAUAUGGCCUCAGCAUUCGUGCUUACUCUGAGUGGUAUUGCCUGUACCAUGGAAGUAAAAGGAGAGGAUCAGAUAGUUGUUGCAGAAGCUCAGAAUCUUGUCCCUGUACAACUGGGCAAUAUUAGGAGUUCAGACAUUCUGGCUGGGCUAGUACAAGUUCCCAUUGGAGUGUUACAGAAGCAGAACAAGCCCAGAAAGGUUCCUGCUGUAACUGUCCGAACCUGUGCUGUGGAGCACUCCUCUGACUGUGUGAGCUGCAUGAACCUGAGUUUAAAGGACUGCCACGUGGAGCUGUUAUCGUCCACUCUUGCCAACAUCGGCCCCUUUCUUGAGGAUGAAUUUGCAGUAGAUAGUCAGCCCUUAAAGCUUCACAUGAAUAAUAUCACCAUCACUAUAAAGGAUGAUGGUCCAAGAAUCUAUCCCACAGCCCCGCAGCCUGUUCCAGCUACAUUCGUUGUAGAUCAGCUGUUGCUUGAGCGAGGUGAAGAUGGCAUCCUGAGAGUCAAGGCUGAAAGCACAGAACUCCAAUCUAUCACAAAUGUUCCAAUUACAGGCUCAAAGCAGGAUAGCGCAUCCCAGCAGAAAUGGAAUCAAACCUCAGAAGAUCAGCUCUCUGAUGUCCAGGCGGCUCUCACUCAGGCGCUCAGUGAAAGAGAUCGCCUCCUGUUAGAAGUCAGGAAAUAUGACCCCACUUUCACUCUGUGAGGUACUGUUUUUCUGCCUCAGAAUAUUUUGCCACUUAUUUAUUAGUUUUAUCGACCAGCAUGUUGUGUGUGUGAAGAGUAAGAGUAAAUGGUACUACAAUCUAGGCCUCCAUCUAGAUUUCCUCACAGCACAAAUGUAACAAUAUCAUUGUAAGAUAGAGGUGUGAGUGUUUCCCACAGCAUGCGUGGGUAGCUUUAAAUCUCACUCAUUACUAUUUUAUGUAACUCUAAAGUAGCAUCUCCAUGUCUUUUCUCACACUGAUGUAAAUGCAUUUUAAGACACUUGACAAACAACAAACCUACUGAAAAUUAUGCAUGUUAAGCUUUACAGUUUUGGUGUACAACUAAGAACACAGACUUGAAAAUGUGACUUCUUCCAUAGAAUGUGUUUAUUUUUUACUCAUCUAGUUGUUAAGUCAUGUAUUUGUUUGUUGUGUUGGUAAAAAUUACAAGUAGGAAAAAGGUUGCACUUUUUGAGCAAAACUAUGCUGCUCCCAAGAGAGACGGGUGCAUGUCAUCAACAUUGGUGGACUUAUCAGUGCAAAUGAAUUCACUCUUAUCUACUCAUGCACACUUUCAUUCCUCAGUGUUUGUUUUUUACUUUGAAGUUGUGAAAUUUUUGGUAUUUCUUUUUACUGUGAAACUAUGUGCUCUGUGGUUUAAUGACCUCCAAACACAUGCCUUUAAGCUGUAGACACCAGGUUGCACAGCAGCUUUAGUAUUGUAAGUGGGUCAAUGGAAGUUUGGGAUUAUAUUAGCAAACCAGAUUUAUUUGCUGAAUACAUGUUUUGCAUAGUCAGUCUUAUAGUAUUACAAAACAGUUUUAUGUUUUAGUAUUUAUUUUGUUUAUGCACUUAUGAAGUCAAAGUUCUAUUUAAAGUUAGACCAUAUGAACAUAAUAUACUGCUGGCCAUGAAACCCUUGCUUUGAAAUACCCAUAACAAAUGGGUAGCACUUUAUAAUAACUCCUCCUUAUUACACAUUCAUUAAGCAUGAAUUAACACAUUUGGUAAUCAUUAGUAAGCUGUUAACUCUGUUAAAGCUGUUAAUUAUUUCUCAUCAGUUAAUCAUUUAUAGAUAUAUAUGUUAAUGCUUUGUCCAUGGUGAAGAAGUCCAUCUUACAGCCAUUUGUUAAGCAUUAUUUAACACAUUGGUUAAUCAUUUGUACACACUUACCUCUUAAUUUUUUCACGUAAUUUAAUCAUUAGUAAAUACAUUAUUUAAUGUCUUUAGUCAUCAUUAGUAAAUCAUUGCUAAUUCAUUAGUACUCAUCAACUAUUAAUAUUUAAAAGUGUUAUGUUAUAACCAAAUUUAUGAAAUUCUUAAUCCACAUACUCAACUAAUGAUUUGUUACUCAUUUCUUAAUUGGGUCAUUUCCCAGUAUUGAUCAGUUACUAAGCACUUGUACAUGUUAGUUAGAAUAGGUUAAGCAGGGAGUGUUUACGCUUACCACAUGAUGAUCACCCUUCAUGGAUGUAAUAUGUUCUUCUAAAGGGAGACUUGUCUAUGCUUUACAAAACAUUAGCAAAUUACUUGUAAAGGCUCUCUCAUGAUUAACUCAUCAGUUAUAACUGCUUGCUUAAGUAUAUUUUGGGAGCUCAUCUGAAGUGAAGCUUGUCUAUGCUCUACUAAACAUUUACAAAUGAUUUGUUAAGGCUCACUCAUGAUUAACUCAUCAGUUAUAACUGCUUACUUAUGUAUUUUGUGGGAUCUAAAGUGAGAAUUGUCUAUGCUUUACAAAACAUUUACAAAUGACCUAUUAAGGUUUGUAUUAAUAUGUAAAAAAAUUGGACAUGUCAUGCAACCACACCAUAGAGGGAAAGAAAAUAACAAAUACUUAACUGGUUGUAUUGAACACUCUUUUCAACAGAAAAUAAUAGAAUAUGCAUUCAUUUAAACUGACAAACUUACAAUACAAAAAAAUAUACAUUCCAAGUAUUAACUGAACUGAAAUAAAUGUCAAUUUAAAAAAAAAAAAAAAAAGUCUACGUGUGCACAGCUACCUGUGCUUUCAUCACUUCUUUUUUAAUAGAAGAAGUUUGCAUUCAGUUUUGAACAGGGCUACUCAUUGAGUGGAAUGAAUGGUUGGUGCGCAAAUAUCCACGUGGUGCUUUUGGGCGUCUGCUACAAGACAUAGCAAAAAAAUAUAAGUAGGCCUAAUCAUAUUUUUUUGUGUGUGUGUUUGUGUUGUACCCCUGUAACUGGGGUAUGUUGUAUCGUACCUCUGUAAAACGGAAGAACCACUGGAGUGAUUUUGCUCUGCCUCUCUCGUGUAGAAGUUUAAUACAAUGAGAUAUAAUAUAUUGUCUACAUGUUUUAUGUAGUUUCUCGCCUGUAUGGUCGGUUUCAAUAAAUUUGUGUUUUUUCAAGGACUUUGUGAUGCUUAUACCUUCUUAAGACUAGAACAAGAAUUAUCACUUAUUUCAGACUCUCGUGACUUGUAAAGCAUAGAUAUGGUAUUAAAAAUCUUUUCUUUUUUUUUUUUUCUGUCACUGUUGUGGUUUUAUUACCCUCCAGUCUUGAAUGUCUUAAGUCAUGCAAACCGUAAUAAGUAAUUUGUAAAUGUUUUGUAAAGCAUAGACAAGUCUCCCUUUAGAAGAACAUAUUACAUCCAUGAAGGGUGAUCAUCAUGUGGUAAGCGUAA